AUGUCCAACAGCAGCUCCAUCAGGCACUUCCUCCUGCUGGCAUUGGCAGACACGCGGCAGCUGCAGCUCCUGCACUUCUGCCUCUUCCUGGGCAUCUCCCUGGCUGCCCUCCUGGCCAACGGCCUCAUCAUCAGCGCCGUAGCCUGCGGCCACCACCUGCACACCCCCAUGUUCUUCUUCCUGCUCAACCUGGCCCUCACUGACCUGGGCUCCAUCUGCACCACUGUCCCCAAAGCCAUGCACAAUUCCCUCUGGCACACCAACAACAUCUCCUACUCUGCAUGUGCUGCUCAGCUCUUUUUCUUUGUGUUCUUCCUCUCAGCAGAGAUUUCCCUCCUGACCAUCAUGAGCUAUGACCGCUACGUGUCCAUCUGCAAACCCCUGCACUACGGGACCCUCCUGGGCAGCAGAGCUUGUGCCCACAUGGCAGCAGCUGCCUGGGCCAGUGCCUUUCUCUAUUCCCUGCUGCACACAGCCAAUACAUUUUCCCUGCCCCUGUGCCAGGGCAAUGCCCUGGGCCAGUUCUUCUGUGAAAUCCCACAGAUCCUCAAACUCUCCUGCUCACACUCCUACCUCAGGGAACUUGGGCUCAUUGCAGUUAGUGCCUGUUUAGGACUUGGUUGUUUUUUGUUCAUUGUUUUCUCCUAUGUGCAGAUCUUCAGGGCUGUGCUGAGGAUCCCCUCUGAGCAGGGACGGCACAAAGCCUUUUCCACCUGCCUCCCUCACCUGGCUGUGCUCUGCUUGUUUGUCAGCACUGGUGUAUUUGCCUACCUGAAGCCCCCCUCCAUCUCCUCCCCAUCCCUGGAUCUGGCCCUGUCAGUUCUGUACUCAGUGGUGCCUCCAGCCCUGAACCCCCUCAUCUACAGCCUGAGGAACCAGGAGCUCAAGCCAAUCAGCGCCGGGGAUCGGGGAAUGGGGGCGGUGCCUGGAUCCCGAAGUGCCCCCUCACCAUCCUCUCAGAAGCCCCCAAAAGCGGCUCCGGAUUCCCUGAUUGCUCCCAGCGCCACAGAUUCCUGUUACAACCACUUCUGGGAAUUAAUCUCCUGUCACCUCCCGCGGCCCCAUAGCCCCAUAUAA